UUGCAGGUUUUGGUGCUGCCAUGAAUUGAUCUGAGUGUAGGUCCACCCGACCCUGAGCCUAAAACAGGCCAGAUCCAAGGAGAAGGUUAUCAAGAAUUACCAACAUGAGUGUGUGAAUGCAAUGAAAAAGAAUGCGCUCAUCUACAAAUCAAGUAGCCAAGUCAGGAAGUGCCACUAGGCCUAAAGGCAAUUCUGCUGAGGGAAAACCAGCUGGUGUCAGUCAUAAAUCCACACCAAUGGCAUCAACCAGAGGCAAAGGAGGCCAAGCACCAGGCACAAAAGUCCCAGAUUCAAGACCAGGAACAAAAGAACCCAGUAUCCAAACCGCUCGGAGCAGAGGUCUGCGUCUCGGAGACGAUGACCGCACCCUCCCCGACUGCGGUUUUGGAAUCCGCAAUCCCAAGACCCCUGUGGUCGAGGAGAAGAUCACCCCUUCGAAAGGCCACGUCCUGGGGACAUCUCGUCCGACGGCCGACAGAAAGUUCGUGAGCGACCUGAAGCACCUGAGCACCCUUCUGGACGAACGAGAACAGUCCCACCCCCGUCCGAGUUCGGUCCCGAGGCCUCCCCUAGCUGGAGAUGAUCCCGGGGCAAUACCCGACUUGGGAUUUGGGCUCAGGAAGACGUUUGCUGAUCACAAGCCUGGAUCAUCAAAGCCAUCAGUACUGGAGAAGAUCGAGAAGCCCACAUCGUAUCCAGGACGUGUUGGGGAACGGGACGAAAGUGUCCCCGAUUUGGGGUUUGGUCUCAGGGAAGUUGGCCAAGAUCCGACUUCUCAGAAUGUAGACCUGGAGCUCCUAAGGUGCAUGCAGGAGGUGCAUGAGCACCUCAAGACCCUCACAAUUGAUGUAUUGAGUGAUGAUUCUGUGGAUUCUGGCUCCUGGAAUGGGAUUGACAGAUGCCUGAAUGCUGAGACAUUGGAGGCCUUGAGCGAUGUCCAACCAUCAGAGGAUUUUGAGAACAAAAUGGAAGUGGUGAAACUUGGACGGGUCCUUGAAACAGAGCUCCAGAAACGAAAGGUGCCACUGCAUUUCCAGUCAGAGGUGGGGCGAUUGGCAGCUGAGCUGAGCCGAAUGGAGAGUGAGCUGACCCAGAGCCAGUCAGUGAUUGAUCGUCAGCGUUCCCUCAUGCAGAAGGCUGUCCGUUCCAUCUCCCAGGCUGGGAAGGCACUGAAGGCACUGGACCGGGAUGAGAGAGCUGCUCGUAAUGCCAUCGAUGACCUUCGUCAUAGGAUAGAAGACCUGGAGGAUGAAAAACAGGGGCUCCAAGCAGCCUUGCAAGAAAUGCAUCUCUCCUUGGACAAGGCCAUGAAGUCCAAAGAGGAAGAUGCCUCUGCCAUGCAACGCAACAUGGCAGGCCUGCAGGCAGAGGCAACACACCAUGGUGAGGCGGCCCGCAGUGCUGAGGCCACAGUGGAGAAGCUGCGCCAACAGUUACACGAUGCCGAUGGGAAGCUCCAAGCGGCCAUCGACCAGGCUGGUCGCAGUGAGGCUCGUGCUACAAAGCUCCAGCGGGACAAGGUGGCAUUGGAGGAGGCAUUGGUGGCCUGGGAAGGAAAGUGGCGAGAGAGAGAGGCAGAGUGGGAGAGGGAGCGGAGGCGGACCGAGCAACACUACGAGGACCGGGUGGAGGCCAUCCUCCAGCGCAAGCUCCAAGAGGCUACAGCAGAGGUGCUUCGUUUCCAGGAUCGCUUUCGUACUGGCUACGAGCAACGCCUCACCCAGGAAAAGGCCCAGUGGGAUGCCCGAUACCAGAUGCUGACUCACAAACACCAGAAAGAGGUGGAGAGUUUGACACAUCAACUGGCAGAGAGUGAGACAAGGGAGGAGCAGUUGCGAGAGGAGGUGGGACGACUGAAAGAGGUUGCCGACAAGGUGUCAUCUCUACAGAGCCUUGCAACCUCCUUCCGAGAGCAGUGGGAGGCCGUCGUCCGGUCCCCACAGCUCCCCGAAAAUGAUAACAGUGAUGCAUCUCGAGAGACUGCACUCUUCAUUGAUUUUCUCAAAAUGCAGAAGAGCCUGGCCGAAGGAGGCACUGAAUCUGGGUCCAAGUGCUGCCAACACAGUCAGUCCUGCAUGGGCUCCACGACGGCAACAUCGACUGCUAGACCCUCUGUCUCCACACAUUCCCUCACAUCCAGUCCCCUUCAUGAAUUGAGGUCUGAAGGCUUACACAUCCCUUCGUAA